UUUAUGGUUCUCCGCGUCCUCUUCGUCCAAGUUUGCGAGAAAUAGUCGUAAUAUUCUUUGGAUCUUUUGAUUCAUUUUAAUGGCUGCCCCAUUGCGCGAUUGAAUGGUUGAAUUAAUUUAAACAUGAGUGAUUAUUCUUCUAUGGCUACGCUUCAAAACAAUAGUCAACCGGUGGGAUUUGCGGCUGCUUUACAACGUGCUAGAUUGGUUGCCGCUAGAAUUGAAGGUGUCGGUGGUAAAAGACCAUUGGAAGAAGGACCCGAACCAAGUGCAAAGAAAUUAGCCCCGAUAGAACCUCCUUAUCCUCCUCCGCAACAGCAGCAACAGCAACAACAGUCAAUGAGUGCCACAGCAGCAGCGGCGGCGGCAGCGGCAGCGGCAGCAGCGCGUAUAGCCAACUCGUCCUCAGCGCCCACACCACCAUUGUGCGCCCCUAACAUGAACAUGCCGGACCAGUCCAUCAAUGAGUACAUCAGAGUGCCUGACAAGAUGGUUGGACUCAUAAUCGGCCGUGGCGGAGAGCAGAUAACGCGCCUCCAAGCGGAGUCGGGGUGCAAGAUACAGAUGGCACCGGAUUCCGGCGGACAGCCGGAUCGUCUGUGUACUCUCACCGGAUCCCGGGAAGCUAUCGCGAGGGCUAAAUACAGCGCCGGCCCAAGCCAUAGACGGAUGGAGCAAGAGACUGAUAUGUCGCCAUUCGGGGACUUGGUCAACCAGAUCGUCAAUCACCGCGGUCGCGAGAACGCUCCUCAGCAUAUGGACAACCCUGUAGGCGGUGGCGGCGGCGGAAAUGGCGGUGGUGGCGGUGGUAUGCCACCCAUGAACAGAGGCGGUGGUGGUGGAGGCGGCGGCGGUGGCGGUGGUGGCGGCGGUAACAUGAUGGAAGAAAUAAUGCUGCCGGGCCCCAAAGUAGGUCUGAUUAUCGGCAAGAAUGGUAAAACCAUCAAACAACUACAAGAGCAGUCAGGAGCUAAGAUGGUUGUUAUCCAAGAUGGCCCAAACACAGAAUAUGAAAAGCCCCUUCGUAUAUCCGGCGACGCGUCCAAAGUAGAGCACGCUAAGCAACUGGUGUAUGAACUACUCGCAGACAAGGAAAUGCAACAGGGAGGUGGCCAGAGACCAUACGAUGACGGGUACCAGCAGGACCAAGGCAACGGACUUGCUACAAAUUCCACUGAGGUGCUGGUUCCAAAAAUAGCAGUUGGUAUAGUGAUAGGUAGAGGUGGCGAUAUGAUCAAGAAAAUUCAGGCAGAAACUGGCUGCAGAGUGCAGUUCCAUCAGGAACGGGAUGACGGACCUGGGGAUAAAAGGUGUUAUUUACAAGGGAAGCCUCAUCAGGUUGACCAAGCGAGGCAGAUGAUCGAAGAUUUGAUCGCCAGUGUCAAUUUGGCGAUCCGUUCGGGCCGAGCACGCGGUCCGCAACAGCGCAACGGAGCGGGUGGAGGGGGAGAUAGAGACUUCCAGCAAUGGCCAGAUCAAGGGCAGGAGAUCCGCGUCACCUUUACUGUCACCAAUGUCAAAUGUGGCCUCAUCAUUGGCAGAGGUGGUGAGGUGAUCAAGCAGAUCAACGCCCAGUCGGGCGCGCAUUGCGAGUUAGAUCGUCGUGCACAGAACAAUGAUAGAAACAACCGCACGUUCUAUAUACGCGGCCAUCCUGAAGCUGUGGAGCAUUGCAAACGGAUUAUCAUGGAGAAAGUUGGCAUGCCUGUGAACUUCAUCCCGGACAACGGUAACGGCAGCGGCAGCGGUGGUGGCGGUAACGGCAAUGGCGGCGGCAACGGUGGUAAUGGUGAUUACUACGGCGCCGCACCCAAUCCUGGACCACCGGCUUGGGGUUACAACCCGCAUUGGCAUCACCAGCAACCUCAGCAGCCGCAGCAACAGGUGCAGAUAAACCCGGCUACAGGUCAACCGGAUUACUCGCAGCAGUGGAUCGACUACUACCGUUCGCUGGGACUAGUGCGCGAGGCUGAGGCCGUUGAACAACAGAGCAAGCCACAACAAGGAGGCGGCGGUCCCAGCAGCAGCACCCCCGUCAGUGCCCCGCCGGCGCCCGCACCGUCCGCUUCGCCCGCACCCGCACCGGACUACAGCGCGCAGUGGGCGGAGUACUAUCGCAGCAUUGGCAAGGUGAAGGAGGCCGAGGCGAUUGAAGGGCAGCUCAAGCUCAAGCAGCAACAAUCGCAACAAUCGUCGAACGCGCCGCAGCAGCCAACGUCUCAAGCGACGCCGCCGAAUCCUACGCCGCCGUCUUCUUCCGCUAACAGCGGGGUAGUGCCCCAGUACGGGCAGUACUACCCGCCUGUGUACCCCGGGUACCCCUACCCGUACCCCGGCGUGCCGCCCGCACCGGAACACGCGCCGCAUCAACAUCAAUAAACAGCCAGCCGGACCGCCCGAUACGGAACCGUGAAGAUACCUCUCCAUUGUAGAUUAUAACUAUAUUCUAUAAGCGAAAUGUUUCGACGAAGUUUAUUACGCCCACAAUAAAUAACAAUAAAUAGUCGCCCACAAAAAAGUAAUAAACAGCACCAUGGUCGUGUGUCGUACAUUUAAUUUGGUAUAUUUUUUUAGAUAUUUAACAUAUCACUAUUUUAUUUCUUGUGGGUAAGUUAAAAAAAAAACAUUGUCAAAAUUGUAGAGAUUAUUUAGAUGUCUUAACCGCUUGCAACGAUACAUAUUUCACGGCCGUGUGGUACAUUCUUGUUUAUUUUUGUCGCUCGGUGUUUUAUCACUUGCAUCUUUUCGAUGUUAAUUGGAUUUUAUUAUUCUAUGCUCGAUAUUUACUAUUGACGUGCCAGUUUGUCCAGGUUAAAACUUUAGAAUGCCACACUGCCUUAAACGAUGUAACAGAGAGAUCCGACGGAGCUAUAGAGUGAGACGGAAAGCGAGAAAUGAAAGCAUAAUGAAAGUGACAGAGAUACUUCGACAGCUGCGAGGAAUCGAGGUAAAUGCACUGUACCGAGUGACUAGCUUUUAUCACACUUCCAAUGUUACUCCAUUGGGUAUAUUUAUAUGUAUAAUCUCUACCUUCGGAUGUGGAGAAAGUGUUGUUCCCGUUUAAAGGCGGGUAUUCACAGUUGCACAUACAAAUUUAAUGUUUACGAUUGGCACACAUGUUUUAGCAGCAUAAGCCAUUACUAAAUUAUAUAAAACCUUUUGGUUAUGAUUAAAAACAACUGAAACUCAGAUGUUUCCCAUUUCAUGACGAGUCCCGCUUGCACAUGUGGUCGCUCGAACCAAUGAAAUUUAAAGUUUACGUGAAUUAUCGCGAGAUGAAAAUGGUCUCCAUUAUUCUAAAUACAUCCUUAAUUUUGCGAAAGUAACUCAAACCCACAUCGUCGUGGUAUAUAUCCAUUAUCCUUAGAAGUAUUUAGAAAACCUUUAUUUUUUAUUUUUAUAAUCAAUUAUCAUAAUCGUCUAGUUAAACACAAACCUAAGAAUUAAAAUACAAAAAAAAAUGCAGGUGAUUUAAAUGUGUGGGAGGAAAACUUAUUAGAUUUGUAUGGACUGUGACGUAAAUGAUUAAAUAUUAAAAAAACUUAUUAUUAAUAAUUCUUAAACUUAAUAUAGGCUUAAAAUAAAAAUAUUGCUCUUGUAUACGUUUGGUCGUAACUAUGAUUGACCAGUGUCCUAUUUGCGUUUACCAAGAGUUCAAGAGAAUGAACUAUGGAAACGUUCAUAUUUAUGAGCUUGUUAUCUAGUUUGGCGUACCAUGACAAAAAUCUACGUAAAUUUAGACAUUUAUAUAUUGCUUUUUUAAUACUUCAGUCUGUCUAAAAUGAGAGAAAACCGCUCUCAUUAAUAAAGAUAAGAUUAUUUCAAAGCCUAUUUGUUCUUAGAAGGAAGAGGUCUAUUUAUAUUAGUGCUUCCAUAGUGUGUUACAGGGAAGUGCUACGUGUAAAAAGGUCGGGCAUUUGCCGUGUAACAAUCCUAAAAUGAGUAAUUGUGGACACAUGGUCUAUGCAGCAUAGUUCUUGCCGUACUUUACGCCCGAACGUAUAUAAUAGUGCGGAUAUUCAUGCAACACGCCACACCAUAUCAAAUUUGUGUGUCAAAUCAAAUUUAUAUAGUUAUUCUGAUAUAACGAAAUACAAAAAAAAAUAUUUUAAUCAGGUUAAAUACGCUUUCCGUUGCGCAGUUAGGUCAUGUACAGGGUUUCGACCAGUGAUAAUAUCAUUUUAUUGAGACAUUUUGCUUUAAAACGUAAUUAAAAUAUAUAUAAUGGUAUCCAGACUAAAAGUUUUGACCCGCCAUAAAGUUUAUUACGGAAUUACAGUUAAGUUAGUUACGGGUUCAGUGGUUUGCACUUCAUGUCUGCAUAAAAGCAAUGCCUAUCUUAUCCUGAUCGACGCUCUGUAUAUAUCAGUUGUGGGGUGGCAUGUUGCAAGUGUAUCCCGGUUUCUUGUCACCAGGCUCCACGUUCGACUUCAUUAAAUUGUGAAUUAUGUCUAGUUGUAAGUUAAGUGUCACAGAUUAGGAGUCUUUGCGAACUCUCUUGACAGCUCAUUAGUUUACUAACAGUCGACGAACUUUAAGCACCAUAACUUAGAAUUAUAUUAUACUAUAUUACAUACUAAAAUCUAGCUUUGAUAAAUUUACUAUUAGACGUAAUGUGAGUAUCGGACAUGAAGGCAAUGUGAGAGUACAUUCCCCGAAAAUUGUUUUUACAAUAGAAGCGAAUAUAAAAACCAUCGUUCAUAACGGGGGAGUCCCGACUAAUUGUAUUAUUAUUAAGAUAUAAAGUGUAUGUUGAUUGA